AUGAACCUGGACCCUUUAACGUUUAGUUUAUUGCAAAUAAAUAAUCUUGUGGCAAAUUUGACUAAGAAGAACUUCAAGCAGACGAGUCAAGAAUUAUCGCAGAUUAUCAACAACCAUGGCUUGGAAGCAGAAAACCAAGUACUGAGGGGCCUGUUCGCUGAAGCAGUCAAAACUGCGUGGGACACCGAUCGUUCUGGAAUUGCUAACAUCAGUGUCCACGCAUCCCUCCUUGCUCAGCUACUCACAGUGCUCCUUAAUCAUCCAGCCAAGUCAACGGUAGUGUGCAGAACUGUAGAUAAUCCAGCCAGGGCACUACAAAAGGUUUUUAAGGCCACAAAUACAUUGCUACCUCGUCUCGCCCGAUUGCUCAAAUUAACAACAGCACAAGAUGUCGCAUUCUCACUUGUGUUAAGAAGACAUUCUUCAAAGCCCGAGAUAGCAACAUUAGCUAAACAGCAUCUCAAGAAACGUUUUUUGGAUCUAGUUCAAUGUUACCUAGAUGCAGAGCGAAGUCAUCAAGCGGAACGUGCCGGUCUCCAAGAAUGCAGCCCUGAAGUUUUACAAACUCUUUUAACUAGCUUGACAUUCGACAAUUUUAGAUUGGCUGAAGUAACGAAGGAGCUUUUUCUAAAACGAUUACGAGUUGAUUUUCCUCGAGAAGUAGUCCCGAUAGUUUUAGCUCCUCUCCUUUACCCGGACGAUACUAGGACGCCACUGGUAGAAAUGACGUCAAGCGAUAUGGCCACCACUAUGAUGGAAAAUUCUCUAGUGGAAGUCAUCCGCGACCUCGGAUACACGUUUACGACAAGCGUUGAGGAAUGUAAAACGCACAUGUUAAACUUUGGAGCGAGAGAACCGACGGCUAUCGAUGUGGCCCGAAUCAUAUCUCUAAUGGUCAGAUAUCAGGCAACUGUACAAGAAACGCCUCAGAUACAAAGUCCUGGAAAUUUCUGGGUCAAUCACGAAGCGAAAAAGGAAUCCGCCCACGCGCACGGCGAAUGGAAUGCUGAAGUGUUUGUACAAACGCUUAAAGAGUUGGCGUCAAACCUGAAUUGGAAAGAAGUGAUUUUACAAUUGGAUCAACCUGAAUUCAUUGUUCCAGACAGGCAAGGACUGAGUUUGUUGUUUAAUAUUUUACGCCUAGGUCUUCAGAGUGCAGGAUAUCCAGCAAAUAUCUUUCCUGUGGAGUAUUUGUGCCGGAGAUGGACAAACUUAGAGGGACAGAUGAGCUUGAUUACAAAUAUUCUUAAGCACCCGGAUAUUUUCAGUUUUGCGGACUAUCCAUUUCAUCCAGUGUCAAUAGAUUUACUAAAGUCGCCUCCCGAAACCGAUAAUAAGGAGAUAUCCACGUGGCGUUGUCUAUAUUUAGUCGAGCUUCUAUUGUAUGCCUCAGAAAGAGGAUAUUAUUUGCAAGUACACGAGUUAUUUAAAUUUCCGCUUCAACAUUGCCCCGACAUCUUGCUCUUAGCACUUUUACAGAUAAAUCCACCAAUCACCGUAUUUAGGCAAGAAUUACUGACGACACUUAUUCCAAUUUUUCUGGGCAAUCAUCCAAAUUCGGGUAUAAUCUUACAGCACGCAUGGCACACGCAAAAUCCAAACAUAAAACCAAUUAUUAUGCAUGCAAUGGCGGAUUGGUAUAUGCGAGGAGAUUGCGAUCAGUCAAAGCUUUCCCGAAUAUUGGAUGUUGCACAGGACCUCAAGGCGCUAUCCUUGCUAUUGAAUGUUCAGUCUUUUCCCUUUAUCAUUGAUUUAGCAUGUUUAGCAUCUCGGAGGGAAUAUCUAAAAUUGGAUAAGUGGCUCACAGAUAAAAUAAGAGAUCAUGGUGAGACAUUUGUAACAGCAAUGGUUAAAUUUUUGCAAAGAAGAUGCCCGCCAGUCCUAGGAAAAGUACCAGAGGAGCAGCUACCGAAAGCGGCACAGUUGCCACCAGAAACGAUUGCUACUAUGUUGACGUGCUUACAACUCUGCAUUACAAAUGUACAGCAAGAAUUACAGGAGGCAAUUUAUACCUUAAUAACCAACUGUCAAACUAUGAUAUUAAAUAAAACAAGGCCUAACAUAACAGGAAUUGCGAGGCAAACCCACGCUCGUGUGCUCGAAACUCCAUUCAAUCCAGCUGGCUUAGGAGGGCAAUUGUUUACUCCACAUGUGGAUUCAAUAGCUACCUUGACGCCGAAUGUGGCAAAUUUAACUCUCGGGGCUCCAUCUAACACCUUUGCUAUGCCAGGAACAUUAGGACCUUUAGUCACGACUCCAGGGUCGCCAUCGCGGCUAAUGGGCGCUGGGCCAAAUAGUCCUUUCGCUAUUAUACCAAUGCAACAUGGUGCAAAUGUGGCUACGAUGGGUGCUCUGACAAGAAUGCCUCCCGGACCAGCUAUGGACAAGCAUCGGAUACCGGACCCGAUCCACUUUCCUGAAAUAAUGCAUAAUGUGUCAAAAGAAAUUGAAGAUGAAGCUAAUGGAUACUUCCAGAGAAUAUACAAUCAUCCUCCACACCCUACAUUAUCGAUUGAUGAAGUACUAGAGAUGUUGAAAAAGUUUCAAGAUUCACCAAACAAGAGAGAAAGAGAGGUAUUUUCCUGUAUGCUUAGGAAUCUAUUUGAAGAAUAUAAAUUCUUUCCUCAAUACCCUGAUAAAGAACUUCACAUAACAGCACAGCUAUUCGGUGGGAUCAUAGAAAAGGGCCUUGUACCGAGUUAUGUUUCUCUUGGAUUAGCACUUAGAUUUGUUCUAGAUGCUUUGAGAAAACAAGAGGGCUCUAAAAUGUACUACUUUGGUAUAGCUGCUUUGGAUAGAUUUAAGUCGAGGCUAAAAGAUUAUCAUAAGUAUUGUGAACAUGUUCGAGCUAUUCCACAUUUUAGCGAGUUUCCACCUCAUUUGAUUGAAUACAUUGAGUAUGGUCUGCAGAGUCAAGAACCACCUACAAAACCACAAGGUGCCGUAUUGCCAGCAACAUUAGCUGCUAUGUUAAAUCAAGCAAGCGUUGUCACCGUUACAGCUCCAUACAGAAGCUCAACAGUACCAGCUAGCUCUAUCACCGUGAUAUCCAAGGUUGCGAACUGUACAGCCGGCGGUAUCGGUAGUCGACCGUCCAUCGCGAACGCUACAAACAUUGAUACUUUGUUGACCGCCACCGAUCGUGAUGACAAAAUAAAUACGCCACCUGAAGCUAUACAAGAUAAAACUGCGUUCAUCUUCAAUAAUCUAAGUCAGCUAAACCUGCAAGCGAAAUGCGACGAAUUGAAGGAGAUUAUUACGGAGGAGUAUUUUCCAUGGCUCGCACAGUAUUUGGUCAUGAAAAGAGCGUCGAUAGAGUUGAACUUCCAUGUAUUGUAUUCGAACUUCUUGGACGUGUUGAAGAUAAGGCAAAUCACUAUUUUAGUAACGAAGGAAACGUAUAGAAAUAUUAGGGUACUGCUACGCUCUGAUAAAGGCAUAGCCAAUUUUUCGGAUCGGUCUCUUCUGAAGAAUCUCGGUCAUUGGUUGGGCAUGCUGACAUUAGCGCGAAGUUUACCCAUCCUUCACAUAGAUUUAGAUCUCAAAGCACUGCUCCUAGAGGCUUAUCACAAAGGACAACAAGAACUUCUGUAUGUCGUGCCAUUUGUUGCGAAAGUACUCGAAUCGUGCGCUAAGAGCGUCGUAUUCAAGCCGCCCAACCCCUGGACGAUGGCGUUAAUGAAUGUUUUGGCCGAAUUACAUCAAGAGCCAGAAUUGAAGUUGAACUUGAAAUUUGAGAUAGAAGUUCUUUGUAAAAACCUACUACUUGAUAUACAAGAUUUAAAACCAACUCUCUAUUUGAAGGAUCCUGAUAAAAUAAGAACUAUCGAGUUCCAACUAUCUCAGCCGAAGCCGCAACAACAACCGCCCCAGCCGCAACCUAACGUGAUAGCGCUGAGCCAAACGAUCGUUCAAGCUCCACAGAUACAAAUGAUUCCGCCACAGACGCCGAUGAUUCCAACCGAAGAUAUAUCUGCCGCAGCGCCCACGCCCACUAGUGGUCUAAUGAAUGACCCUUCAUUGAUGGGCGUCAUUGGCAUGCCCGAACCGCGAUUUAAUUAUCUGGACGUGAACGUUUCGUCCACAUCUGCUUUCGGACAGAAGAUUAGCUUUAACCCGCACAUUCUGUUAUUCCAAAGCUAUCCACAUCUGAAGCAAUUUGUAAAACCGGCGAUUGAACGUUCUAUCCAAGAAUGGAUUCACCCCGUCGUAGAUAGGUCCAUUAAAUAUGCGUUGACGACGUGUGAGCAAAUUAUCCGAAAGGAUUUCGCUCUCGAUCCUGAUGAAGGUCGCAUGCGCACCUGCGCCCAUCACAUGAUGCGUAACUUGACAGCGGGUAUGGCGAUGAUAACGUGCCGGGAACAAAUUAUAAAUACAAUUACAACCAAUUUGAAGGCUGCUUUCAUAACUGCCCUACUGCCGACGACACCCCAGCAGGACAUCAUCGAUAGUGCGUCGGCUGUAAUGGCUGGAGAAAACAUGGAGUUAGCUUGUGCUUUCAUUCAGAAGACAGCGGUCGAAAAAGCGUUACCUGAACUCGAUAAGCGAUUAAUGAACGAUUAUGAAAUACGAAAGAUCGCUAGACAAGAAGGUCGUCGAUACUAUGACACCAUCGUUCUAGGCUACCAAACUGAUAGGAUUCCCGAGAGGGUACGACUACGUGUUGGCGGUCCGACGGAAACGCAAAUCGCUGUCUACGAGGAAUUCGCCUGCAACAUUCCAGGAUUUGUACCAGUGCGCGACGCUGGUAUGUUCAUGCCGAAACAGGCCUCGCAGGACCAACUAGCACCUCAGAUUACUUAUAGCCAAGUAAUAAAUCCUACACAGCCUUUCCAGCAAAUAUACGGCGCGGAUGAGAUGGGCGGGUUAAUAACAGCAGCCGAAAUGUUCCUCACGAGUGCCCUGUCAUUGGCGUCCUUUGCUGUCCAGGCGACCAACAUGCACACCCUUCUCGAGUGCCUGAUCAUGGCGAGGAGAAACCGAGACUUCGUAUCGGGAUUUACGUUGUUACAGCGGGCCGUCGAGGGUCUUUUAGAUGGGCAUAUUGUGCAACCAGGAGCUAGUACGGAACACGUCGAAAUGAUGACACGAUACAGAGACAUUCACCUUCGAGUGUUGAAGCUCCUCGAAGACGCCCGGGUUUAUGGACACGCGUGGACCACGAAACAGAUUACGAGCUGCGUUAUCGAAUGUCGCGAUGAACUAAAAUAUAAUCUAGAGGCUAUUGACUGCCUCAUUAGAAACCAUCUCAUCAACAUACCUCAAUACGAUCUAGCUCUUGCGCACUUAAUGGACAACGGUAACAAUUACGUUGCUGUGGCGUUUGCGAUGCAACUUGUUCAGCUCUAUCUAGUGGACGACAGAAACAAUAUGUACGCCAACGAGUCUGAUCUCUACCAUACGACCGAAUCACUAGUUAGGAUGAUGUCGCAUUCCCGCAACCCCCCACCUGAAGGUUUGGCGUCGCUAAUUGAAGCAAUUAGGAUAAACCAAGACCCUAGCACAUAUUUGGGGGAAAGGUCACCCCUGGGCCCCACAUCGCACAUUCACACCGGAAUAAUGCAAGUCAGAAACCGCGACUACGAGGACCCUCAUGGACUACAAGAGAAGACUGAGAAUUUGCUUCGCGAGUGGCGCAACGUCCUCUUGAGCCCACUCACGGACAUCGAGAUUGGACAGAACUUCAACAUUUACGUGCACCGAAUGAACAUGAACGGGAUCCUGAAGUCCGACGAUAUGAUUACUAGGUUCUUCAGGAUCGCCACGCAGAUGUGCAUCGAGAAUGUCUAUCAGCAAUUGACGGAUGAGAGACUGAAUCCGCCCCAGGUGCCCACAAAAAAGGAGAAGUUUUACACAAUGUGCGAUUCGUUCAUAAAGCUCGUGUCCUUAUUGAUCAAGAAUACGGCUGACGCUGGCAAUCCAACUCCGAAACUCAAUUUGUUAAAUAAGAUUCUUGGUAUAAUCGCGGGUUGUCUGCUCUAUGACCACGAGGAACAUGGCGUGAAUUUCCAACAGCUGCCCUAUCACAGGCUAUUACUAAUACUCUUCCUUGACAUGAACAUGGCAGAACCAGUUUUAGAAAGCAUGAACUACCAGGUGUUAACAGCGUUUUGUCAUACAUUCCGUAUAAUUCGUCCGAGUCAAGCGCCUGGUUUCGCGUACGCGUGGCUAGAGCUCGUCGCACACCGGUCCUUUAUAAACCGUGUGCUAGCAGUCACGCCGCAACAGAAGGGCUGGGGAAUGUACUCGACACUCCUCAUUGAUCUGUUCAAAUUCUUAGAUCCGUUCCUAAGGAACACGGAAUUAGCAUCGCCGGUUAUGUCACUAUACAAGGGUUCCCUGAAAGUAUUGUUGGUGUUGCUUCACGAUUUCCCCGAGUUCCUUUGCGACUAUCAUUAUGGAUUUUGCGACGAGAUACCGCCGAAUUGCAUUCAAAUGAGAAACUUGAUCCUUUCGGCAUUCCCGCGGAGCAUGCGCCUCCCGGACCCGUUUACGCCGAACCUGAAGGUUGACUUGCUGGCUGAAAUCAACCUACCGCCUCGCGCAGUCAUCAACUACGCUAAUUUGAUACCGAAGUCGCAGUUCAAGAAGGACUUGGACGCGUAUCUGAAGGCGAGAUCGCCGGUUACAUUCCUCUCGGAACUGAGGAGCCAUAUGCAGGUUGUGAAUGAGCUCGGACGCAGAUACAACAGCCAACUUAUGAAUGCAGUAGUCCUCUACGUAGGAACACAGGCCAUUGCCCACAUUAGGGCAAAAGGACAGUCCCCGAACGUGUCCACGAUUGCGCAUUCGGCGCAUAUGGAUAUAUUCCAGAAUUUUACAGUUGAUCUGGAUUACGAGGGGAGGUACCUGUUCUUAAAUGCAAUAGCCAAUCAACUGCGCUACCCGAACAGCCACACCCACUAUUUUAGCUGUUGUCUACUCUACUUAUUUUCUGAAGCCAAUUCAGAGGCAGUUCAAGAGCAAAUCACUAGGAUGUUGCUGGAGAGACUGAUUGUGAAUAGACCACACCCCUGGGGUCUACUUAUAACAUUUAUCGAACUUAUCAAGAAUCCAAUUUAUAAGUUCUGGUCUCAUGAGUUUGUCCACUGUGCCCCUGAAAUAGAAAAGUAA